AUGGGAAAAAAUAAAACUCCUAAACUUUAUCUUCUAUUAGGCAUUGACCAAACCGCUACUACUCGGGAUGUUGUUAAGGCCUAUAGGCUGGCCGCUCUUAAAUCUCACCCUGAUAAACUCCAAGGAUUAAGUAAAAAAGAACAAGAAGAUGCCAAAAAUCACUUCGUUCAGCUCAAACAUGCCUAUGAAAUCCUAAAGGAUGACCAUAAGCGCAAGAACUACGACGAAUUCGGAUGGGAAGGGGAAGAAGAGGCCGCAUUUGCUGCAGCCUAUGAGUUUUACAGGACUCCAGUCACACAAGAAGACAUUGUUGACUUCUCCAAAACCUACAAAGGAAGUAAAUCUGAAUCUGAAGAUCUUCUUGAUUUCUACAAUAAAUAUGAUGGAGACUUGACGAAUUUAUUAUUUUCAAUACCCUUAUCGGAUACAGAGGAUUUGGAUAGAUUCCUUGAUUUCUUUAACAAGAACAUUAAGUCGAAGAAACUGAAAUCUACACCAAAUUUCGUCAGGACGUCGAAACCAAAACACUUAACAAGCAUGAAAAAUAAAUACAAAAAGACCUGUAAAAAGGCUGAAAAAACUGAAAAUGACAUGGAUUUUGAAGAGCUCUCAGCCCAAAUUUUGGUAAUUUUAUAUAAACUUAUGUUUUCAAGGCUAACCGUAAGAAGAGGAGUGACAAUUUCUCAAGCCUGA